GUCGCUCCCGGGGAUGCUGAAUAUGGAAGCGAACAUUGACCCGUCGGAGCUGCAGCCGCUGGGGGAGUAUGACUUCGAGAAGAACUUUAAUCACCGGGCAGCCCUGAAAUGGAUGGAGGAGAAUUGGCAAAAGUCUUUAACUAUUUCUGUUAUUUAUUUGAUCCUGAUCUUUGGAAUCCAACAUUUCAUGAAGGAGCGGAGGCCCUUCAAACUGCGUGGACCACUGAUCCUGUGGUCCUUCAGUCUCUCUUUGUUCAGUCUCGUUGCAGCCUUUCGGAUCUGGAAGCAGUUGGCCUUCCUCCUCCUUACCAAGGGAUUUAAGCAAUCAGUGUGUAGUCAAUCUUUUUAUGUCCACCCGGUUUCCAAGCUUUGGAUAUAUCUAUUUGGUCUGAGCAAACUUGUUGAAAUGGGUGACACUCUGUUCAUUGUUCUCCGGAAAAAGAAGCUCAUCUUCCUGCACUGGUACCACCACUUUGCCACAAUGAUUUUAACCUGGUAUGGCUAUACGUUUAUGGCAGCUGGGGCUGGAUGGAACACAGCCAUAAACCUCAGUAUCCAUGCUGUGAUGUAUUUGUACUACAGUGUGGCAGCCAUGGGCAUCCGGGUACCUAGCUCCAUCACCAUGCUAAUUACCUCUUCACAGAUUGUGCAGAUUAUUGGAUAUGUAAUAAUGAACAUCUUUAUCUUCUUCUGGAAGGAUGAUAAGCUCUGUCCAUUUACCUGGCCAAUGCUUCUCCUUUCAUCAGGCUUGUAUACCAGUUUAUUGGUCCUCUUCUCCAACUUCUUCGUGAAAACUUACCUGAGUAGCACCCAGAAAUCAAAGCAGAAUUGAAACCAAGGGAUGGAAGAAGUGAUCGGGAUGGAAGUGGGGAGAGAGGGAGAGAAAAAGGGGAAACUUUUUCUGGAGUCUAAGUGCCUGAUGGGAUGGGUGUGAUGGGGUUUAGGAAGAGAUCACUGUGGGUAACAGCCUUCAGAGUAACUUGCACAUUGGCCUUUGGUGUAUCUUCCUUGCAGUGGGUGGCAUGCCAGAGUGAGGUGCAGGUCGUGGCAGGCUGGUAACAGGAGAAAGGGGAAGAGGCUGGGGUCUGGAAAUCUCAGGGUUGAGGUUCUGCUUUUCCUUCUUUGCAUCACUUGGGUUUGCCUUGUGCCUCACUUCCUUUCUGGGGGACUGACAGAAUCCUGCAUGCACCAAGACACUCCUUGGAAAAAAGGUAGGGAAACUCCUCUCUUAGCAGCACUGCCCUCUCUGUGGUCUCCAGUUUGGGGGAGGAACAGAGCCCAUACCUGCUGCUACUCUGCCGGGAAGCUCUAAUAGAUUGCCGGUGAAAUGGAAAACUCCUGCUGUUUUUUAAGGUUAUGUAGGGAAAGGAUCUACCUGGGCUCUCUCUUCUCCUCUGUGAUGCAAGGAACUGAAUCCCAUGAACUUUAAUGGCUGUUACCUGUGGUGUGCCUCUUGUACAAUAUUAACCCAUCAAUUUGACUUGACUAGCUACUGCCUCAAACCCUAAAUGAUAAGGUCCAGCUCUGUCCUGCAGUAGUCAAGCAUUGCCAAUGGUCCCAGCCCAUGGCCAGUUUCAUGGGCUGGGAACAGAAGGGUCAAUUCAUCUCUGGGUGCAUAUGCCACAACUAAUAAAUACUGUCAUGUAUGG